UGCUCUGAUGGAUGCACCCGCCAUCCAGAGAGGGCAGUCUCGUGCAGCCUCUGGACCAAUCACCGCGUCUGUGAGUCCAACGAGGGAAUCCCGGUGUAAAGUGAUGGCGCCCAGCUCGAAAUCAGAAAAGGCCAGGGACAAAUACAAAUCCCGAAGAAAACAAAAAGGCCAUGUCGUAAAGCUGCUCAUGCAUGGCAGGGUGUCAGGACAGUUUUCUCAGCGCCUCUUCAGAAAACUACCACCUCGAGUGUGUGUCCCCUUAAAAAAUAUUAUCAGUGAAGAAAUCCUCAGAUCAGGACAUAUUUUUCUUGGAUUCACCAAAUGUGGCCGCUACGUUCUGUCCUACACCAGCAACUGUGGGGAAGACGAUGAUUUCUCUUUCUAUACCUACCAACUCUACUGGUGGGAGUUUAAUCUGCACAAAAGACUCAGACAGGUCCGUCAUGUUCGUCUGUUUGGAGGGGAGGAAAUCUACAGUGAACUGUACCUAACUGUGUGUGAAUGGCCAAAUGACCACUCAAAAAUUGUCAUCUUUGGCUUCAAUACACGCAGUUCCAGCUCUAUUCUGGCAAACUUCAUGAUGAGUGAUGAGAACAACAGAGAUAUUUACAUUACCAUUGCCUCGAUGCCUCCUCCUAAACCUUGCCCUCACUUCUGCUCAGUUUCUUCGGCCUCUAACAUCAGUAAAGGAAGUGGCGAAUGUCUUGAACAUAGUUAUGUGAUCAACAGCCGAUACCAAGUGGUCUAUCCAUUUCCUACCUUCCAGCCAGCUUUCCAGCUUAAAAAGGACCAAGUGAUUCUGUUAAACACAAGCUACUCCCUUGUGGCCUGUGGUAUCUCACUCUGGCCAGGUAAGCAGGGCCAGUCCUCACAGAUUCUCUACACCAAGAAAGGAACUUUAUCAAGUCAGGCCUUUGCACCUCAUUGCCCCAUUUCUCCGACUACCUCUGCCUUAUGUUCUCAUGGAUCUCUCGAAAAUGAAAAUCCACCAAGCAAACUUGCAAUAAUGCCCUCAUCAAUUAGCCAAACACAGGCUCAUGUGGGAGCUCACGUCUUUAAAUGUACGCAGAGAAGCAGCACCAGUGAAACCGAGAGCCCGCAAGAGAAGAGAGCAGUAGAUUGUGGUGAAAAGGAAGAAACAAGUGAAGAAAGGACUCAACAACAAGAAAAUAAUAGAGAAAUGAAGGAUAAUGAAGGACCAACAAACUUACCAUCAACAUCCACCGGAUGCAAAGUUUUCCAUCACAGUUCAGAUAAAAAUGCUAUUUCAACACCUUCAUCCCCCUUAAACCAAGUCCAGUCCCAGGAGGCUUCUUCUUUUGAGCCUGGAUACAUAAACUACUCUCUCCUGCAUUUUUGCCCCCAGCAGCCAGGGACACCACAGAGGAGUACAGGAUAUGAAGAUGAUAAGGUCCAGUUACCAUUCACGGUUACUGAUCUUAAAGGGCAGAAUCUGCAGCUGGUAACUGGGCCAUACAAUGGACAGGGUGUAUGUGUGGAGCAGUUGACCCUAGAUUUUGAGUACCUCAUCAAUGAGGUGAUCCGACGUGAUGCUGCUUGGACCGCCCAGUUCUGUUCCUUCAGUGACUAUGAUGUUGUCAUAUUAGAAGUAUGUCCGGAAACCAACGUUGUGGUGAUUAAUAUUGGUCUGCUGUUACUAGCUUUCUCCAAGUCAGAUAAGGAACACUGCAGACCAAACACCUACCAUUCCAACCUGCAAGUUAGUUGGGACUUAAACACAGGUGUGUGCUGCACUAUGGGUGUGGGAGAACUGACAGAGGUCAAGGGUCAGACCAGUGGGAGUGUGUGGAGUUCUUACAGGAAGUCCUGCGUGAACACAGUCAUGAAGUGGCUGGUCCCUGAGAGGAGCUCCCGAUAUAUAAAUCGCAUGACCAACGAAGCUCUACACAAAGGCUCAUCUCUACAAGUGUUAGCGGAUGGUGACAGAUGCACCUGGAUUGUAUUAUAAAGAGGCUGAAAUCCCAUCAGUGAAACAGGGAGAAAUGUCUUCACACCUCAUGUCGUGAACUCAUCUUCAGUAUGCAGAAACAUUUUUAAAUUAGAAGAUACUGCACUAAUUAUAAACCUUGGUCCUUUGUUCUCUCUAUUUGAAACUCAUCAUAAGGAUUACUGGGUUGGUUUUUUUUGUACUGUGUCCUGUAUCCCAAAUUUUAAGUCUAAUGCAAUAAUUGAAAACCAGGAGCUGGACUGAAAAGGGUGUAUUUUUGUUUAUACAUGAAGCCAUUUUUGGCUUCAUCAAAAACUAACUCUCUGCAAUGCUGGUUUGGGGUUUACGUCUAGAGAGUUUAAUUUAGAGGUCUGUGUUUAGUAUUUGUAUUUUGAAAUAAUUUAAAUCUAAAACAAAAGGCCUACAUAUGUGCAGCUCACAGCUUCCACAUGAAAGUAGUGCAUUGUAGGAUUUUACAUGUUUAAUAUGUUCAGCCUCUUGUUGCAUAUUAUUUUUUUACUCACUUUGGAGAAAAAAAAGGCCAUUUUUGAUUUGUUUAUUUUGUUAAAAUAAACCAGUAACUCAUU